UGCGUUAAAAAGAAUUCAAUGUUCGAAGUAAAAACAAGUGCUCAACGAGGUAUUCGAAGUUAUGGCGUUUAAAGCGUUUGCGAUAUUUGUAAUAGUCAGUUUGACAAUCGUAUCGACAGUUUCAGCUGGGCCAUAUCAAUAUUUUUCGUUUAGAGGGCCAUCAUCAGUAUGCAUACCGGGCAGUUCAUACUUUGACGGUUGUAAUAAUUGUUUCUGUCAAAACGAUGCCCACACCGUUGGCUGCACUACGAACUGGUGCAUGUAUGCAGCAAAGAUUCCGCCACCGGAUGAUUUCUGGCAAUGAAACUGAACCAAAACUUGCUCGUUCACGCAUUUAAUUGGGUGUAUUAAUUAACAUGUUAUAUGUUAUGAAACGAUUAAUUAAUAUGUAUUGUAAAACAACAAUCACGAAGUUUAAAUCAAUAUAAUUCUUUCAAUGUAA